CCUGGUCAUUUUGAAAGAACUAUCAGUAUGGAAGAUAAUGAGAUCAGUUACAGUAAGGAAGAAGAGCAAAAAUCUCUUCUACCAUUUCUGGAAGAGGAAGAUGAAGCUGGUCAGUUCUUUAAUGUGGAAGAACAUGGGGAAGAAUACAAGCUUGAAGAAGAGUUGGCUGGUGGUGGCAAGAUGGGAAACAAGGAUGCUUCUGAAGGAGUUCGAGACAAAUCUGAUUCUAGCAUAACAUCAGGAGCUGUUGGAAAAAGAGAAAUUUGUCUGCCGAAGAAUAUCGGUGUUGGGCUGGAAAGCUUGGGACACUAUUUGGGCGACAUUAAUAACAUUCAGGCUAUGAAGUAUACAGAUAGAAUUUACACAUUAACCUUACAGAGGACCCUGAAAGAGCUCGACGACAUAGCCAAAGAAAAGGAACUUGUGGUCCAAAAAGCCAGAGACAAGCUGAGUACCUGUCAGCUGCGGAUCAAGAUGCUAGCAAAGCAGCUGGAGUAUGUAGACAUUGAAAUAGAGAAAGAGGAGGAGGCUGGCAAUGUCGCAGCCUUGUCCCGCCUUCAGGCAAUGCGCAGACGACUGUGCACUGAACUGGAGAAAGAGAAGGAUUUUGAGCUUGAGAUGUGGCAGAUAGAAACUGAGCAGGGAAAAUACAAAAUCUUCCAUGAACAACUUAAAAAAGAUGAGGAGGAGCUAGAGAUGCAAUACCAAGAACGAGCCAAAUAUGAAGAAAGGCAUAAAAAAAUUCUUGAAGAUGCCAAAAGGAACCAUGAAAAAGCAGUAUACUUCCUGAGAAAAAGCAUGGCAAGAAUUCAUGAAAAAAAUGCAAAGGAAGAAGUGAAAACUCAGGAGCAUAUGGAGAGAAGGAUACAAGCUGUGCUUUCCCUGAAAAACAGCAUAACUUCCAAUAGGGAAAAACUCCAAACUCUCCAGGUUUGGAAUAAAGCAAUGGCCUUUGAGGCAAAGAAGCAGGAGAUGAAAAUGAGGGAAGCUAUCCUGGCAGAAGGAGGCAAUGUUGCCAAGGAAAUUUUUCUCCAUAAACGACUGCUAGAGCAUGAAAAAGAGAAACAAGCUUUUAGAGAACAGCAAAAAUCAAGAAAAAUUGAGAUUGUCUCUCAGAUAUUGCAAGAAAAAGCUUCUAUUCACAAGCAGAAAAAAAGGCAAUCCUGUACUAAGGCAAUUAAGGGUGGUGGUAAACUUGAGGAUUCUUUACUGUGGAGAAUGAAAACAUGGCAAUAUAUUGAGAAGACCUGCAAACAUUCAGCUGGAGCAGUAUCACAGUCGUGGUGCUGUCCGUCAGCUUGUUCCUCAGCUGGUGAGAGAACUGCUUCUGUAGGAGAGAGUUCUGGAAAAAUACCCCACGAUGUGCUCUGUGACAGUGGUGAAGAUGAGAAUGAGAGGGACAAGACCCUAGCAGAACCAGAGUUCCCAGGACUUUGGAGUCAGGAAUGUGACUUGCACAAGAUAUCCAAAGAAGAAAUAGAUCCAAAGCAGCUGGCUACAAGGGUAGAGAAAAAAGAUAUUUUUGAGAAAAAAAUGGAGGAAUCCCAAACUGGAAUUUUUCACAAGCAAAUAGCAUCUGGUCAUGAAUAUAAGGGAGGUACUUUCUAUAGUAAACCAAGCUGCAUUCAUUUCAAGGAUUUUGACGUUGGUCAAAUCUACAAAAAGAAGAUAGUUUUGAUAAAUGCAUCCUACAGCGUUAAUUUCUGCAGACUAGUGGGAAUCAGUGAAUGGCUCAAGGACUUCAUCAGUAUUCAUUUUGACCCACCUGGCAAAAUGUCUGCUGGAAUGUCCUGUGAAUUGGUGGUAACAUUUAAGCCAAUGAUAAAUGAAACUCUGGAAGGAGAAGUCAUGUUUAUGGCACAGACAGGUUCUUUUUCUGUUCCAUUGAAAUGUACAGCCAAGAGAUGUGUUCUGGCACUAGACAAAGAGCUCAUUGACUUUGGCAGCCAUGUGGUGGGAGAGACAAUUUCACAGACCAUCAACCUGACAAACAGUGGAGCUUUGGGAACAAGAUUCAAAGUUCAGAUGUCAGCAGGUGACAGCAGUACAUGCAGGGCAACAGCAAAAUCUUCUCCUGGAAUGGUUACUCAACAUUUCAGUGACUGUGUCCCUGAAAAGAAAGUCAGCAAUAGUCCUGUGACAUCUGUGGUUGAAAACAGGGAACAAGUUUGUCCUGACCAUAGUGAAGAAGUGACCUACUGUGUAGCCCAGGUGGAGCAGCAGAGGACUGAGACAAGCCUGGGCAGUAGUUCCACAGAACAACUUGGUCAAGGUGUACUAAAUUCCAGAUCAGAUCUAGAUACAGACAAUGCAUGUAACUUAGUGAAACUUUCUCCUGAAGAAACACCAGUGGAAAUUAUGCUUGGAAAGGUUACUCAAGGUGAAGUUGAACCCUUCAGCUCAGUCAAACUUCAGGUUAUAUUUGUCCCAGCUAUCCCUGGGGAUGUGCGGGCAGAAUUUGUGAUCGUGUUUGACAACUCAGACUGCAAACCACUGUGCUUCAGUGCCAUUGGAGUUUCUAUUGAUGUGCCAGUUUGGGUGCCCAACCCCAACAUUGAUUUAAAGAUCUGUAUGUAUGACCGACUUUAUCAGGAUUGCAUUGUCAUUCAAAGCAGAGCAAAAGUCACGCUGCGUUUGAAGUUUGAAGUAUGCAAAGAAUUGAGUAAGCACAUGGAGCUGCUUCCGAAAACAGGUUACGUUCAAGCUCAGUCAUCCUUCAGUGUGCAACUGAAGUUUCUGCCCAGGCACUCUCUUCCUGAAGAUGCAGGGAGCUAUUUUAAUGAAGAGACAAGGGUUCUGGAAGUUCCAGUGACGAUACUGAUUGUGGAUAAGGCUAAAAAAGUUAAUCUUACUGUCCAUGCAAUUGUUACGACUUCUGAUUUGGAAAUCAGUCCAGCACGAAUCAAUUUUGGAUACUGCACAAUCUCUGAAGCUGUGCAGGCAAACGUCACGCUAACAAACAAAUCCAUCUUGCCACAAGAGUUUGGAUUUGUGGGACUUCCAGAGUUCGUUGAAAUUCAACCCAAUGAUGGACUUGGAAUUCUUCUUCCCCUUGAAAGCCUGACAUUGGACAUAAUCUUUAAAGCUAACAAGGCAAAAGAGUACAGCUUCGAAUUAACCUGCAAGUCAGAGAUUAAUAGACAAUUCAAGCUGUCAUGCAAAGCAGUUGGAGUCCACCCACCUCUUGAAUUGUCUCAUUCCUUAGUUCAGUUUGCUGCAACAGCUUUAAACGGUGUGUCUACAGCAACACUGUAUGUGAUGAAUUCCCAUGUGAGUGCCAACCACUUUACUCAUGCUGUCCCAAGAAUUGACAUGGGGGAAGUUGCCCCCGCUGGACCCGCUUCAUUUGAAUUCUGUGUGCCAGAAGACUGUCCAGUGACAAUCACACCUUCUGUUGGAACCGUGCUGCCUGGGAAGAAAAGCUUGAUUCAAGUGUCCUUCAGACCAGCACUGUCAGAUCAGCUAAUCAGAGAAGAGGCAAUUCGGAGGCUUUGCAGAGCAGCUGCGACAGGGGCAGAAAUACAAAUGAUUCUUAUUGCUGGAUUUUCUAGUUCUGAUGCUUAUAUGGCAGCCCAGGCUUUCUUGAUGAGGAAUUUCAGUGGGAGGUUUGAAAAAUACAUCAUACCGUGCUUUGUUGCAAGUGGAUGUAUCGAUGAAAAGAAAGGCUCUGAAAACCUGAGCUGCAGCCCUUACAACACUUUGUAUUUGGAGGUGCACUGCCCAGCUGUAGCACCAUCUGUUGUGGUCACUUCAGAUAAUGGAACAAACACAGUCAAUUUUGGUGACGUUGCAGUAGGCCACAGAAUGAUUAAGCGAAUUACAAUACAAAAUAUCUCCCCAGAGAAGCUGGAACUAGGAUUCUCAGUUCUGAAUCCCAAUGGUCCCUUCCUGUUGGUCAGACCAGUUGGAAUGCUUGAGCCAGGUGAAAACAAACCCCUCAUCAUCUCUUUUUGUCCAAAUGAGAAUAAAUGGUUUUUUGAAAUGCUGGACAUCCGGAUGGCAAAAACCAAUCUAACCCUAAGCAUCACUGGGCAUGGGGUGAUGCCGUCAAUUGUUUGCUCUGUGGAAGAAGUACUCGAUAUGGGAUACGUCAUAGCCAGAGAGAAGGUGACUUCCACGUUCAAGAUACAGAACACUUCCACACUGACCCUGCGAUACUCCAUACAACUAGAUUCGCUUUCAUCAACAAGGGACAAAGAUCAGCAGAGACUUCCAUCCUUUAUUAUGUCCUCUUUGCAAAGAACAGAGUUUGUUGGAACACAGAACUAUAAUGGCUUAAGUGUGUUCAGCAUCUUUCCAACAGAAGGAGAAAUUGUUGCUGGGAAGAGUCAGGAUUUUAUUGUUACUUUCAGUCCUGAUCAUGAAAGCCUGUACUAUUCUGACCGUCUCAAGGUUGUGCUCUUUGGCAAGAAAAUAGCCCAUGUGAUCCACCUAAAGGGUGCAGCAAGAGAUCAGCCAAUGUUUGUGGAAGGGGGGGUUCCCCUAGACGUGCCCGUUGAGUCCUUGGCUGUAACAUCACCUGUGUCAUCGCAGGAAGCACUAAAAGGCGAGCUACAAGAACCAGUGAGGUCCAUUCUCCUCAUUCUGGAGUACAUCGAGGGAGAGAGUUCUCCAGUGCCAGCAAUGACAGAACUGAAAGUUGGAGCUAUACAGACAGCUAAGUUCGCAUCUAAGAAGAACAUGGAGUUCAGUUUUGACAGCCUGCCCCUCCUGCAGCAGAAGGGAUUCACUCUUGAAUCUGUGAAGGGAACGAUUGAGCCUGGUCAAGUGAAAUGCAUCGGCGUUUCUUGGGUGCCACCUGCUGACUCGCGUGUAAGUGAACUGGCGCCGCUCAGCCGGGAGGUGUGCGGCAGCUUUCACCGACUUGCUGAUGACCCUCUGCUUGUGACAGCCCUCCUGACCUUAAAAGGGGACGUUAAGGAAUCUUACCGAAUUCUCUUCAUGGCAAAAGUUGUGUCUGCAUAUGCUCCGGCGAAACAGUAUGUUUCAUCCAUUCAGAUCUGUUCUCAUUUCAUACUGGAUCAAGUGGCCGCGAAGUUACUUAGCUCUUCAGAGGAAAGCAGCGCGGAUGCUGAAGCAAGAGCCAGCGACCGCGGGGGAGGCAGGAGCUGGGAGGGGGUGGCAGUGCCAGCCAGAGACAGCUCUGCCCUCGGAGGAGAGGCACUGAGUAUUUCUGCUGGCACAGCUGCGGCGGUCGGGUUGAAGUUGAGGACAAUGAAGUUUGUGUGCGGAUUCUCUUAUCGUCCUUGCGGCCCGAAAAGGGAGAUGAAAUGCCGCUACAUGAAAUGA